UCUUCAAUUCAUCCUCGUCGAUCAACAUGCACCUAUCGCAUCAACUUUACCUCUUCUUCUUCAUCUUCUUUAAGGCCGCCGAAGUGGUCCACCCGGAUGCGGUCGGCCGUCCCGACGGCGUAGUUGACCUGAUCGAACGCCCUGCGGUAUCCCCACCCGUGCGAGACGACUUCAACCGUUGCCGGAGUUCACAAUCCAUCUCUGCCGUUUUGCCGGAAGGAGCUCAGGAAAUUGACCUGCAAACGGCUGCACCGCCGUCGGAACCAAGUCCCGGAGCCUACCUCGAAGGCGAGAACCGGGUGAAGGAUUUUAUCGACACCCUCCUCCAGUACGGCGGGUACAGCGAAACGGUCGAUAUUCUGGUGAAUUUGACGUCGUUGGGUGCCGAAAUUGCAAAGCUUGUGUCGGAGGGCUGCGCGUUAACGGUUCUGGCGCCGAACGACGAAGCCAUGGAGAAGCUGACAGCCGAACAGCUGAGGGACCCAGGCUCGCCGGAGCGGAUAAUAAACUACCAUAUACUGCCGGAGUACCAGACGGAGGAGAGCAUGUACAACGCGGUGCGGCGAUCCGGGAAGGUGUGGUACGACACAAUGAAUGUGCCGCACAAGGUGGCGGCGGCGGAGGCCGAUGGGACGGUGAAGUUUGGGCACGGCAAUGGCUCCAGUCAUUUGAUUGAUGCCGAUAUAUAUGCGGAUGGGCGAAUUUCAGUUCAGGGGAUUGAUGGGGUGUUAUUUCCGCCAGAGACGAAGACGGUGGCGCCAGCAAGGCGCAUGGGAGGAAGUGUUUGA